AUGAAUUCCUCUUCAAUUUAAAAUGUUAAUGGAUUAGAUAGAUUAUAGAUGUGCAAUAGUAAAGAUUUAUAGAAUCAAUUUGAAGAGGGCGGUAUUUUUAAUUUUAAUUUCAAGAAAAAGUAAUACUCUCUUCAAACAUAAUCAAAGUGAACUAAAAUAAUAAGAAAUAGGAAAGAAUAUUCUUAUUAACAAAUAGAUUUGUAUAUAAUAUAAAAUCGGAUAGUAAAAUAUUAUAAUUUUUUGGUAACAACAUUAUUUAAUCAUGAGGUAAGUCAAUUAAAAUUCAAAGGAAAAUACGUAUUCAAUUGAUAUCUGCAAUUAGUGUUAGUAAUAUUGGUACAGAAUUUGUAUUACAUAUUCCAUAAGAAUAUGAUUAUAGAUUUUAAUCAAGCGAUUUGUAAAUACUUUUUUAAUAAAUUAGUCGAAAAACAAUUCUUGAAACAUUAAUAAUAGUCUAUAGUUCAUUAACAAUAUCAAAAAUGCCAUUUUUCUUUAAAGAUGAUUUCACAUUAAUAUAAUAUUGUACAACAGAAAAAGAUGUUAAAAAAGGGAUCAAAAGAUAUCCUAUAGAAAAACCAAUUGUAAUAUAUAAAAUAUAUUUAGGAACUUGAUGUUGUUGAAUUUCAAGAUUAUUAAAAGAAUAAACCUUUACCAUAACAAUUAAUUUAUAAAAAACCUGGAUUGUAAAAAUAAUAUAGUACUUCACUUAUUUCUAUUGAACAAUUUGAUUUAAUUAAAGUACUUGGUAGAGGAGCAUUUGGGAAAGUAUUUUUUAAUUUAAUCAUAGGUUAUGAUGUGUGAGAAAAAAGAUACAAAAGAAUUAUUUGCAAUUAAAUCAUUAAGAAAAGAACACAUAAUGGAUAAGAAUUAAGUUGAACAUACAAAGGCAGAAAGAAAAUUAUUAGAGGAAAUUGAACAUCCAUUUUUAAUAUCAUUGGAAUAUGCAUUUUAAACAUAAGAGAAAUUAUUUUUUGUUAUGAAAUUUAUGAGGUAUUAUUAUGAUAUUAUUUCAAUAAUAGAGGAGGUGAAUUGUUUAAACAUUUAAGAGAUAAAAAAAGAUUUCCAGAAGCAACUGCUUAAUUUUAUGCUGCAUCAAUUUUAUUAGGAAUAGAACAUUUACAUUCCAUUUCAGUUAUUUAUAGAGAUUUAAAACCUGAAAAUAUAUUAAUGGAUGAAUUUGGAUAUAUUAAAAUGAGUGAUUAUGGAUUAGCUAAAUUUUUAAAAUAAGGUGAAAAAACAUAUUCUUUUGUUGGAACACCAGAAUAUUUGGCUCCAGAAAUUAUUAAAUAAAAUGGACAUAGUUUUGAAGUAGAUUGGUGGUCUUUUGGAAUUUUAAUGUAUAAUAUAACAAUAAUUUAGUUAUGAAAUGUUAGUUGGAAGACCUCCAUUUUUUUCAUAAAGUUAAUCUUAAUUAUUUAGAGCAAUUAUAGAAUCAGAUAUAGUAUUUCCAUAAUAAUUAAGUUUAAGUAACCAUGCUAAAGAUCUAAUAACUAAAGUAUAGAUAUAAUUAUUAUGUUGAUAGCUUUUAAAAAAGAAUCCAUUUGAAAGAUUGGGACAUAAUGGAGGUGGUGUAUCUAUUAAAAUGCAUCCUUGGUUUAAAGAUUAUAAAUUUUAAGAUUUAUUAGAAAAGAAAAUAUAACCUCCAAUAAUCCCUAAAUUAUAUGAUAAAUUAGAUGUAUAAAAUUUUGAUUUAGAAUUUACAAGAGAGGGUAAUUAAAUUGUAUAUAAUAUUAUUUAGAAGCCAUGAAUUCAGUAGCAAAUAUGGAUCCAAAAUUAGUUGAGAAAUUUAAAGAAGAUUUUGGAGGAGUGACUUAUGUUCCAAAUAAUGGUUUAAAUUGA